AUGGCAUAUCAGUUCUUUGCUAAGUCAAAGUCGAGGACCUCAUCCUCUUCUCCAUCGCCACACCGUCCGGCUCGUCCGCAUAAACCGCCUAGCUACCCACCCCCUCUCCUGUCAUCCGCUGUCGCAAAGAGUGGCCCGCCUAUUGUCAGCCAGGACACUUUCCUGCCAUAUCCUCAUGAGAUUCCCACGGGCUACGCGACGGGGCAUCCCUACAUCACAGUAGAGACUGUCAAAACCGUACACAUACCUUCUUUGACGCGUAUCACGACUGCACUCUUGCCUAUUCGCUACCCAACUUCGUUCUACACAAGUACUAUCACUGACCCGGUCAUCGCGUCGCUUUCACGCGUCGCAAUAUAUCAUGACCACCCUGUCGCCGCGGGACUAUCCCCAGGAUAUGUGCCAGGCACAGACCAAGUGAUCGGCGGUAUUCGGUGUAAGCUGGAGAAGCAGGAUCCCGGACAGGUAAUCCAUGGACGGGAGGCUACGAACCUGUACAUCCAGACUUUACAUCUUCUAUCAGCUCAUCGUGGCCGUGGUGUUGCGACCUCACUGCUGAACUCAUUGCUCCUUGCACCGACCGUGGAGGGGGCCCCUGAUCAAGUUUCUGAUUUGGUCAAACACUAUAAUAUCACCUCUGUUACUGCCCAUGUUCAUGAAGCGAAUGAAGAUGCUUUGAAGUGGUAUGUGUCUAGGGGCUUUAAGGUGCAGGAAGGUGUUGUUGAAGGUUAUUACCGACGUUUGAAGCCCUCGGGCGCCAAAGUCGUUCGUUUAGAGGUACAAUGGGAGGAUGUGGAAGCUGAGGGCAGGUCCCAAGUGUCCAUAGAAUGGAAAGAAGCUGCCAAGGACUCAUCCCCGAAUGAUGCAGAUGAUGAGGACUGGGAGAAGGUGGAGGCAGAAGAUGGAGAAGAGGAGGAUCAUGGUGUGCAGCUACUGAGUGACUCACGAAUCCUCGAUGGUGAUGAGACACCCUCAAGGAAACGCAAGGCUGAGGAAGAGAAGGGAAAUAAUUCGCAACGGCGAUGA